UCUUCGCCCGUGUGGAGUUAGGUUUAUUUUUGGUUUUCCUGUAAUUUCCUCGAUUUAUCAGUUGGAAGUUUUGCUAGCGCCGUUGGAAGCAGUCGGCUUGAUAAAGAAUGCAAAGGCCCAUGUUUGUAAUGCUUCACAGUUAGUGACAUUGUUGAGUUUUUGGUUUGAUUGCUACCGAACAGGUCGUAUUUCUAACUAAUAUUCGACCCUGCUUUAAGUUUUAAUGAAAUCAGUUCAGUGUUGGUGACACUAAAUGAUUCAACGAAUCCUGUUUACGGUGCUAGUCACUUUGGGAACAUCGCUGGCUAGCGAUGAUCCAACAGAUGUCGGUAUUCGUUCAUUUGUAGCGGCUGGUGCCACGAAUCGAAUCGGCGGCUUUGGAACUAACUUCAGUGCGAAACGUGAUGUACGCUUUUAUCUGUACACGCCACUUACCGUGAACGAGCCACACGUGUUUUCGAUUGACACGGUAGGGACACUGACACGAACGUUCUACAACAGCAGUUUGCCGGUGCGCAUUGUCAUACACGGCUGGAUGAACAAUUACACCUCGCUGGCGAUUCGGGGCAUCAAAGAUGCGUACCUGGCAAAAGGAGAGUACAACGUUAUCGGUGUAGACUGGAACAAGGGUGCGGCGGAAGCAUACCUGCGAGCUUCGCAGUACACCCUAGCCGUCGGGUACGUGGUGGCAGAUCUCAUUCACCGUAUGGUGCGUUCCGAAAUGGUUUCGAUGGAGCAGAUUUAUCUGAUUGGACACAGUCUGGGAGCCCAUAUCGCCGGCUGUGCCGGUAAUCUGCUGAGCGUUGGUAAGCUAAAAGUAAUAGUUGGACUCGAUCCGGCUUCGAUUAAUUUCUUCGAAGAUGAACCGAAAACCCGACUCAGUCCCGAUGAUGCGGAGUACGUGGAAGUGAUUCACACUAGUACCCAGUUCUCCGGUUAUCCUCAUCCUAUUGGGCUGGUGGAUUUUUACGUUAACUACGGGAAGAAACAGCCAGGUUGUUCGAGCGAGUCCUGCAGCCACGGUAGGUCGAUUGAGAUAUUCAUGGAGUCGCUUAAAAAUGAUUGUAAGGGAUUUUGGGGGGCUCGCUGUGAUGACUACAAUGAACUGAAGACGAAAACGUGCUACAAUCUUAAAGAUCAGGCAUUACUUGGUGGAGAUCCUCCAAGACGGGACAACAGCAAAGGCAUUUACGUUGUGAUAACUUCCGUCGAUCCUCCUUUCGCUUUGGGUUACAAUUACUGAGGGUGAAAGCAAAAACCACUAAUGAAAUAAAU